UAAAUAAUGUGAAAUUAAUUGUUUUGCAUCAGUCUAAGUGCCAGCAUUCGUGAAAAAAGAGUAUUUUUGGACCUAUAAAUGCAAGGUCGCGUACUUUUACUGCUAUGUGCACUAGCACUGGCACACGGGGUCGAUCUGGACCUGAAGAGGCAACAAUGUAACUGCAACCCUUCCGAAGCGCAACAAAUUUGUGAAGCUAACUACGGAGCGGAUAAUAUAUUAAUAGCACACGAAAAUUGUGACAAGUUCUACCAAUGUGCAAAUGGAAGACCAGUAGCAGUCUCUUGUCAAGGCAACUUACUGUACGAUCCUGUCCUUGAAGUUUGUAACUGGCCUGAUAAAGUCGAUUGCGGUGACAGACCCAUUUCAGAUGGCUCUGAUUCCGAUUGUGAUGGAAACUCUCCGGGGGAUAACGAUAAUGAUCAAGACAAUGACAACGAUGGCACGUGCAACUGUGAUCCCAGUGAAGCACCAUCGGUUUGUGCUGCUGAAGAUUCAGAAGGAGUCUUUGUAGCCCAUGAAAACUGUAACCAGUUCUAUGUAUGCUCUGGAGGCAAACCUCAAGCUUUAGUAUGUCCAGCAGGUCUCUUGUACAAUCCUUAUGAAAGAGAUUGUGAUUGGCCAGAAAACGUUGAAUGCGGCGAUAGAGUUAUUCCUGAACCCGAUGACAACCCCGUCACUGAUAACAACAACGAUGGAAACGAAAAUGAUAACGAUGGUACAUGUAACUGCAACCCUGGAGAAGCACCAGGCAUUUGUGCCGCUCCUGGAUCUGAAGGUGUGCUCAUAGCUCAUGAAAAUUGCAACCAGUACUACAUUUGUAAUUUUGGUAAACCCAUCGGAUUCUUCUGCCCCGGCCAGUUGCUUUACAACCCAUACAGCCAACAAUGUGACUAUCCCGUGAACGUUGACUGCGGGGAUCGAGUAGUUCCUGAACCUGAGAAUAACUGCCCAUCAUGUAAUGGUGACGACGACAGUGAUGACAUCGAUGAUCUACCUCUACCUGGUGAUGAUAUUGAUAACGUGCCCCCACAAGGCGAUGAUGGUGGUAGUGAUAUCGACGAUUUACCACCCCAGGGUGACGCUGGCAACGGCAAUGAGGGUAAUGACAAUGGCGAUAAUGAUGUGGUUGGUGGUGGUAACUGUGAUCCCAGUGAAGCCCCUGCUAUCUGUGCAGCUGAAGAUUCCGAUGAUGUGCUAGUAGCACAUGAAAACUGUAACAAGUACUACAUCUGUGACGGUGGCAAGCCUAUUGCUCGACCGUGCCCCGGUAAUUUGUUGUUUAAUCCGAACACUGACCGGUGUGACUGGCCCGAAAACGUGGACUGUGGAGACAGAUUAAUUCCUGAUCCUGAUGACAAUGAAAGCAAUGACAACAGUGGCAGCGAUAAUGGUGGUAGCGACAGUGGUGACAGCGACAGCAGUGGCAGUGACAAUGGUGGUAGUGACAACGGUGGUAGCGACAACGGUGGUAGCGACAACGACGGUAAUGAUGUCGUUGGUGGUGGUAAUUGUGAUCCCAGCGAAGCCCCUGCUAUCUGCGCAGCUGAAGAUUCCGAUGAUGUGCUAGUAGCACAUGAAAAUUGUAAUAAAUACUACAUCUGUGACGGUGGCAAGCCUAUUGCUCGACCAUGUCCAGGCAAUCUGUUGUUUAAUCCGAAUACAGACCGUUGUGACUGGCCCGAAAACGUGGACUGUGGAGACAGAUUAAUUCCCGAACCUGAUGAUGACAACAGCAAUGAUAACGGUAGCAGCGACAAUGACGGUAGUGACAACGGUGGCAGCGAUAAUGGUGGUGAUGACAACGGUGGUAAUGAUAACGACGGUAAUGAUGUGGUUGGUGGUGGUAACUGUGAUCCCAGUGAAGCCCCUGCUAUCUGUGCAGCUGAAGAUUCCGAUGAUGUCCUAAUAGCACAUGAAAACUGUAACAAAUACUACAUCUGUGACGGUGGGAAGCCUAUUGCCCGACCAUGCCCAGGAAAUUUAUUGUUUAAUCCAAACACCGAUCGUUGUGACUGGCCAGAAAACGUGGAUUGUGGAGACAGAAUAAUUCCCGACUCUGAUGAUUCUAGUGAUUCCAACGGUUCCAGUGAUUCUGACGGCUCCAGUGAUUCCGAUGACUCCAGUGAUUCCAAUGAUUCAAAUGACAUUGACAAUUUACCACCUGUAGGAGAUGAUCCUGAUAGCGACAUUGAUAAUUUACCUCCGGUCGGUGAUGACCCUGGCAAUGACAGUGAUGAUUCUGACUGUGACAACGACAACAAUGAUAACAAUGAACCCUGCAACUGCAGACCUGAAGAUGCUCCUUCUAUCUGCUCGGUGGAUGGCUCAGACGGUGAAUACAUAGCCCAUGAAAAUUGCAACAAAUAUUACCAAUGUUCCAAUGGAAGACCAGUCGCUUUAAAAUGCCCACCAGGUCUGUUUUACAAUCCUUACAGUGUAACUUGUGAUUGGCCACACAAUGUUGAUUGCGGCGAUAGAGUUAUUCCAGACCCCGAUGAAGAUAGCAGCGUGAGUGAAAGUGACGAGGUUGAAGAUGGUGGUAACGAUAGCGAAGGCACUUGCAAUUGCAACCCUGAAGAAGCUCCGGCUAUUUGUGCAGCUGAUGGCUCAUCGGGUGUGUUGAUCGCUCACGAAAAUUGCAACCAGUUCUACAAGUGCGAUAACGGUGUUCCCGUAGCCUUCAGAUGCUCUGCCAAUCUUCUUUACAACCCUUACAAAGAAGAGUGCGACUGGGCUGACAACGUUGACUGCGGCAACAGACCAAUUUCAGACCCUGAUGAUGACAACAACGGUAGCGACAACAACCCUGUUCCUGAUGAUAACCAAGACAUCAAUGAUGAUCCCAGUCAAGCACCUUCGAUCUGUGCAGACAGUGGUUCUGAGGGAGUCCUAAUAGCUCAUGAAAAUUGUAACCAGUACUACAUUUGCUCUGCAGGAGAGCCAUUAGCAAUGUCUUGUUCCAACGGACUUUUGUUCAACCCCGUGACCUGGGGAUGUGACUGGCCGCAAAAUGUGGUCUGUGGAGACAGAGUUAUCCCUGAAGAUGAUUGUGCAUGCGAUCCGAGAAAUGCACCAAAGUUGUGCGCUGGACAAGCCUCCAACGGUAUGCUGGUAGCUCACGAGGAUUGUAGCAAGUUCUACAUGUGCAACGCGGGUGUACCCAUCGCCUUAUCGUGUCCCAAUAACUUACUCUUCAACGUAGACAAGCUGUUUUGUGAUUGGCCGCAGAACGUAAGCUGUAACAGCAGAAUGUCAUUUGCUGCUCUCAACAAACAUUUGGAGUCGCGCCAAUCUCUUAGACAACAAUAUUGGAAGAACUUCGCUUGUGCGUGCCAGAUGAGUAUGUGGGACCGCGGCGGCGCGGCGGCCGCGGCUGCUGGUGGUGCCAGAAGCACGCACGAACCUCCUAAAGCAAGCGCCGGAGACACGCGCGUUGAAGUGCAAUAUUUGAAAAAAAGAAAGUCUUGUUGGAUCUUUUCGAUGAAAGACCAAAUCAUUUUAGUGCUUUGUGCACUAGCACUGGCACGCGGGGUCGAUCUAGACCUGAAGAGACAACAAUGUAACUGCAACCCUUCCGAAGCGCAACAAAUUUGCGAAGCUAACUACGGUUCGGAUAAUAUAUUAAUAGCACACGAAAAUUGCGACAAGUUUUACAAAUGUGCGCAUGGAAAACCAGAAGCAAUCACUUGCCCAGCUAACCUGUUGUACGACCCCGUCUUGGAAGUAUGUAACUGGGCUCAUGACGUCGACUGUGGUGACAGACCCAUUUCAGACGGCACUGAUCAAGAUUGUGAUGGCACCACUCCUGGAGACUUCGAAGAUAGUCCGGCCACCUGCAACUGUGACCCCAGUGAAGCACCGUCCAUUUGUGCUGCCGACGGUUCAAAUGGAGCCCUCGUAGCGCAUGAAAACUGCAAUCAGUUCUAUAUCUGUUCUGGUGGUGCACCUUUGCCAUUAGUCUGUCCACCGGGUCUUUUGUACAAUCCUUACACGACUCAGUGCGAUUGGCCUCAAAACGUUGAAUGCGGGGAUAGAGUUAUUCCUGAACUCGAUGACAGCCCCGUCACUGAUAACAACAACGAUGGAAACGAUGAUAAUAACGAUGGUACAUGUAACUGCAACCCUGGAGAAGCACCAAGCAUUUGUGCCGCUCCUGGGUCUGAAGGUGUGCUCAUAGCUCAUGAAAAUUGCAACCAGUACUACAUUUGUAACUUUGGCAGACCAAUUGGAUUCCUCUGUCCCGGUCAGCUCCUUUAUAACCCAUACCUCAGAGUGUGUGACUAUCCACUGAAUGUCGACUGUGGAGAUAGGGUAGUUCCUGAACCUGAAAAUAAUUGUCCAUCGUGCAAUGGCGGAGAUGGUGUUGAUAUUGACGACGUACCACUCCAGGGUGAAGGUAACAACAACGUUGGUGGUGGUAAUUGUAAUCCCAGCGAAGCUCCUGCUAUCUGCGCUGCCAAUGAUUCAAAUGAUGUAUUAGUAGCUCAUGAAAACUGCAAUCAAUACUACAUUUGUCUUGGAGGAAAACCCAUUGCCCGUCCGUGCCCAGGCAACCUGUUGUUUAAUCCAAUCAGUGACCAAUGUGACUGGCCCGAAAAGGUUAAUUGUGGGGAUAGAGUAAUUCCUGAUCCUGACAAUGAUAACAACGGCAAUGAUAACGGCGGAAGCGAUAAUGGUGGAAGUGACAAUGGCGGCAGCGAUAAUGGUGGUAAUGAUGCUAUUGGUGGAGGUAACUGUGACCCCAGUGAAGCUCCCGCCAUUUGUGCCGCUGAUGGUUCCAACGAUGUGUUAGUAGCACAUGAAAACUGCAACAAAUACUACAUUUGUCUUGGAGGAAAACCGAUUGCCCGUCCAUGCCCAGGUAACCUGUUGUUUAACCCCAACAGCGACCAAUGCGACUGGCCUCAAAACGUGGACUGCGGGGAUAGAGUAAUUCCUGACCCUGAUGAUGAUAACAGCGGCAACGACAACGGUGGCAGCGACAACGGCGGAAGUGACAAUGGCGGCGGCGAUAACGGUGGUAAUGAUGCCAUUGGUGGAGGUAACUGCGACCCCAGUGAAGCUCCCGCCAUUUGCGCAGCUGAUGGCUCAAAUGAUGUGUUAGUAGCACAUGAAAACUGCAACAAAUACUACAUUUGUCUUGGAGGAAAACCCAUUGCCCGUCCAUGCCCAGGCAACCUAUUGUUUAAUCCAAUCAGUGACCAAUGUGACUGGCCCGAAAAGGUUGACUGUGGAGAUAGAGUAAUUCCUGACCCUGACGACGAUAACAACGGAAAUGAUAACGGCGGAAGCGAUAAUGGUGGAAGUGACAAUGGCAGCGGCGAUAACGGUGGUAGUGAUUCCAUUGGUGGAGGUAACUGUGACCCCAGUGAAGCUCCCACCAUUUGCGCAGCUGAUGGCUCAAACGAUGUGUUGGUAGCACAUGAAAACUGCAACAAAUACUACAUUUGUCUUGGAGGAAAACCUAUUGCUCGUCCAUGCCCAGGUAAUCUGUUGUUUAACCCCAACAGCGACCAAUGCGACUGGCCUCAAAACGUGGACUGUGGGGAUAGAGUAAUUCCUGACCCUGAUGAUGAUAACAGCGGCAAUGACAAUGGCGGUAGCGAUAAUGGUGGAAGUGACAUUGGCGAUGGUGAUAACGGUGGUAGUGAUGCCAUUGGUGGAGGUAACUGUGACCCAAAUGAAGCUCCCACCAUUUGCGCAGCUGAUGGCUCAAAUGAUGUGUUAGUAGCACAUGAAAACUGCAACAAAUAUUACAUUUGUCUUGGAGGAAACCCCAUUGCCCGUCCAUGCCCAGGUAAUCUGUUGUUUAACCCCAACAGCGACCAAUGCGAUUGGCCUCAAAACGUGGACUGUGGGGAUAGAGUAAUUCCUGACCCUGAUGAAGAUAACAGCGGCAACGACAACGGCGGAAGUGAUAAUGGUGGAAGUGACAACGGUGGAAGUGAUAACGGCGGCAAUGGAGGUGUUUGUAACUGUAACCCUGGAGAAGCACCAAAAAUCUGUUUGGCCGAAAAUUCCAACGGAACACUCAUAGCUCAUGAAAACUGCGACCAGUUUUACCUGUGUGACCACGGCAAGCCUGUAGCCAUGUCUUGUCCUGACAAUCUGUUAUACAAUCCUUAUAAAGAAGAAUGUGAUUGGCCGGUAAAUGUGAAAUGUGGGGAUAGGAACGUUCCAAACUCAGAGGACUCCGAAGAAAACAAAGAAGACAUUGAUAAUACUUUUGUAGUAGGUGAUGAUCAAGAAGACCAAGUUGGCGCGGAUUGCGAGAACGAUAAACUAGUUAAUGAAGAAUCCUGUAACUGCCGACCUGAAGAUGCUCCUUCCAUCUGCUCUGUGGGUGGGUCAGACGGUGUAUACAUAGCUCAUGAAUACUGCAAUCGAUUCUAUCAGUGUUCUAAUGGAAAACCUGUCGCUAUAAGAUGCCCACGAGGUCUGUUGUACAACCCUGUGAACAUUGCUUGUGAUUGGCCACACAAUGUUGAAUGCGGUGAUAGAAUUAUUCCAGACUCCGAUGAAGAUGACGAUGUAAAUGAAAGUGAAGAAGUUGAAGACAAUGAGAACGAUGGCACUUGCAAUUGUAACCCUGAAGAAGCUCCAGCUAUUUGUGCAGCUGAGGGUUCAUCGGGUGUGUUGGUCGCUCAUGAAAAUUGCAACCAAUUCUACAAGUGUGCUAACGGUGUUCCCAUAGCAUUCACAUGUUCAGCAAGUCUCCUUUAUAACCCCUACAGAGAAGACUGUGAUUGGCCCAGCAAUGUUGAAUGUGGUAACAGACCAAUAUCAGUUCCUGAUGAUAACAAUGUCGGUACUUCGACAACCACUGUGCCUGACGACAACCAAGUCAUCAAUGAUGAUCCCAGCCAAGCGCCCUCAAUCUGUGCAGAAAAUGGUUCUAGUGGAGUGCUAGUAGCUCAUGAAAAUUGUAACCAGUAUUACAUCUGCUCUGCAGGACGGCCAGUACCAAUGCCUUGUUCAUCUGGACUUUUGUUCAAUCCUGUCAAUCGAGCCUGUGAUUGGCCACAAAAUGUGGUCUGUGGAGACAGGCUUAUCCCUGAGGAUGACUGUGCUUGCAAUCCAAGAAAUGCACCAAAGUUGUGCUCCCAACCAAACUCUGACGGUAGACUGGUAGCCCAUGAAAAUUGUAACCAGUUCUAUUUCUGCGCUGGUGGUGUACCCCUUGUCCUAUCGUGUCCCAAUAGCUUACUCUUCAACGCAGACCAGCUGAUUUGUGAUUGGCCGCAGAACGUAAACUGUAACAGCAGAAUGUUCUUUGCUGCUCUCAACAAACAUUUGGAAUCACGCCAGCUACUAAGAAAGUAAUGUUUGUGCAAGUGUAAAAAUAUUAAAUUAUUCUUAAAUUUAGAAAA